AUGGAACCUUUUAAACGUUCGCUUCUUCUUCUCCAUCAUCGUCACCGUCAUCUUCGUCUUCUUCUUCUUCUUCUUCUUCUCAUACUCAUCUUUAUCGCUGCCGCCGCCGAUGGUGAUCCUCUGGCAAUCAACACCGUGCCGGCGGUCCCCCAGGCGCAGUCCCUGGGCAACAGGACCUGCAAGCUCGACCUCUCUCCGGAGCUCUUCGGCGGCGUCGCCGGAGCCUGCGGCGGAGCCCUCGAUCGCCGCCGCUGCUGCCCCGUGCUCGCCGCCUGGCUCUUCGCCGCCCAUGCCGGCGCAGCCUUCGAGGCGCGGCCACCCUCCUCCUUCUCCGGCCCCGGCGAGCCCGACUCGGACCUUCCCAUGAUCCCAGACGACUCGCAGAGAUGCGUGGACUCUCUGCAGAAUUCGCUGCGAAGCCGCAACAUCCACCUCGCCGGGCCCAACGCCACCUGUGACGCCGUCCUCUGCUUCUGCGGCAUCCGUCUCCACCAGAUCGGCUCACUCAGUUGCCCCGCCGCCUUCAACUCCUCCCCCGCCGCCGCCCGCCGCCGCCGCGCCGUCCCCACCGCCGCCGUGCGGGACCUCGAGAAGAACUGCCGCAACUCUUCGUACGCCGGUUGCACUCGCUGCCUUGAAUCUCUCGACAAGGUCUCUCCCCCUCGCCGGAAAAUUUGAACCUUUUCUUUGAUCCACACGACUUCGAAAGCGGAUAACAAUUUAUCUAUCGUUCCGGUGUUUGGCAGCUUAAGAGCAGGGCUGCCGGCGGCGGCGGGAGGCAGGGGAGGAUGUUCAGCACGGACUGCCAACUCAUGGCACUGACGUGGCUGCUGGCAAGGAACAGGACGACCUACAUCGCCACCGUGUCGGCGGCGCUGCGGGCCAUCAUGUACAGCUCCCACACGGCGGCGCCGUACAGGUGCAGCUCCGACCAAGAGAACAUGCCGCUGGCAGUCGAUUCCCUCCGCUUCGACCGCCACGACGGUUCUCUCGCCGGCGGCGUCGCUGCCACGGCAGCCGUCUUCCGGGCCGGGCCAUACGGCUGCGCCGCCGCCUUGCUCUCGUCCUUCCUCCUCUCGCUGUCUGUCCUCACUUAG